UGAAACCAAACUUACCUUGCGGGCUCUCGCCAGCGUUUCAGCCAGUUGCAGCAGUUCGCCAUCAGGCUAAACAUCGCCGUCCGAGUCCAGCGCCAUCUACUGUUGUACAAGCGUAUACAAGUUUGCACGCAUGCGCAGUACAAACUUGCUAACUUAGCGCAGCUGGUGGAGCUCCUGCGGCGGAGUAUUUUGAAUGUUAUCCAACCCAAGAGCCAUCCUCUUCAUCCUAAUCUGGUGCCUACCCUCCAGCAUGCUCAUGACCCGCGUCUUCGUCUACGGCACCCUGAAGAAGGGGCAGCCCAACUACCACCGUUUGUUCGAGAGCGCCAACGGGAAGGCGCAGUUCCUGGCCUCGGCCCGCACCAGCCAGAAAUACCCGCUGGUGAUCGCCAGCGAGCACAACGUCCCCUUCCUCCUCAACAUCCCGGGUCAGGGCCACCGAGUCCACGGCGAGAUCUACGAGGUGGACGACAAGAUGCUUCAAUUCCUGGACGACUUUGAAAGUGUUCCCACCAUGUACCAGCGUACUCUGGUCACACUGGAGGUGAAGGAGUGGGUGGGGGCGACGGAGGGGGAGGACGGGCCGGCAGCGGGCAGCGUCACCGAGGCCUUCCUGUACAGCACGAGCACGUACCAGCCAGGCUGGCUCUCGCUGCCGCACCACGAGAGCUACGACUCCAAUGGAGACCACCAGCUGCAGUACGUGACCAGACAAGAGCGAGGCGGAGGCCGCUCGCCGGAAUAAGAGGACCAAUUUUCUCAUUUGUUGUUGUUCAUGUUUGCAGCACUAAGCGCACUAAAAGGCACUUUGAUAUUAAAAGUAAUCACACACACUGUCUACAUUAAUUUUGUGCUAUUCCCUGGUUCCCUU